CAGCCCCGAGGGUCCCGCGGCCCCGCGUUGCGGCCAUGGCCGGCUCCGAGCAGCCCCCGGCUGCGGGCGGCCGCCCCGACGACGCAGCGGCGCCGGGGCCCGGCGAGGCGCUGGGGGAGCGGCCGCUGAGCCAGGGGCUGAGCGUGCUGGUGGGGCUGGCGCUGUGCGUGACCAUGCUGGGGCUGGGCUGCGCCGUGGAGCUGGGGCAGCUGGGCCGGCAGCUGCGGCGCCCCGUGGGGGUGCUGCUGGCGCUGCUGGGGCAGUUCGUGGCCAUGCCGCUGGUCGCCUUCCUGCUCGCCCUCAUCUUCGCGCUGGACGAGGUGGCGGCCGUGGCGGUGCUGCUGUGCGGCUGCUGCCCCGGGGGGAACCUCUCCAACCUCAUGUCGGUGCUCGUCGACGGUGACAUGACCCUCAGCAUCAUCAUGACCGCCUCCUCCACGCUGCUGGCGCUGCUCCUGAUGCCGCUGUGCCUGUGGCUGUACAGCCGGCCCUGGAUCCACACGGCGCUGGUGCGGCUGCUGCCCCUGGGCGCCGUCAGCCUGACGCUGGGCAGCACGCUGCUCCCCAUCGGCAUGGGGGUGCUCAUCCGAUACCGGUACCCCCGUGCUGCCGACAUCCUGGUCAAGGUCUCGCUGUGGUCCCUCUUAGUGACCCUGGUGAUCCUCUUCAUCCUGACCGGCACCAUGCUGGGGCCCGACCUGCUGGCUCACAUCCCCGCCUCAGUCUAUGCCAUCGCCGUGCUGAUGCCGCUGACGGGGUACGCCCUGGGAUACGGUUUGGCCACGCUGUUCAGGAUGCCCCCGCACUGCAGAAGAACCGUGUCGCUGGAGACGGGCUGCCAGAACGUCCAGCUCUGCACCGCCAUCCUCAAGCUCACCUUCCCCCCGCAGCUGGUGGGCGGCAUGUACAUGUUCCCCCUGCUCUACGCGCUCUUCCAGGCGGCGGAAGCGGGGCUCUUCGUGCUGGCCUACAAGGUGUACGGCAGAGACGGCCCCAAGCAGGAGAUGCUGGGAGACGAGGAGGACACAGACAUCUCCUAUAGGAAGCUGAAGGAAGAGGAGGUGCCCGAUACCUCCUAUGGCACGGUGAGCACUGCGGAGCUCGGUGCUGCUCCCACAGAGACAACGCAGACAGCGCUGUAGCCGGGUGGUGAUGGUGGCAGCCCGUAGUUGAGGUGGCAGUGUGGUGUGAGCCCUGCUUGUGCCGGGUGAGCUCACCCGGACUCUGUUGUUGUUCCAGCUGCUCCCGUCGUACAGUGACGUGUGUUUAUUGCCAUCACUGGUGUAGUUCCUCACAAGUAUAAAUAAAAUAAGUAAUAAUAAUAAUAAAAGAGGAGAAAGUAUCGCUGCCACACAA